GACAAAAUUGUUACCUUAAUUGAUUCUGCAUAGCUUCCUGAAGCUCGCUAUUCUAAAGUUUUUGUGUUUCCUCCUUUUACUGUUAAACUUCAAGAUGGCCGGUGGUUUUAUGAUCAGCAGUGCUGACGAAACGAAUGGCGGCCACAAUGCAGCAUAUAACGAUAGCCAUAGACUGUUUAUGCAAACAAUGCUCUCGCAUCGGGUUUUGACGGAGGAGCAGGCUGAAGUGCUUUAUACCAAAAUUUGCCAUUUGGUACAAUGUGAGCGUUCCGAAUUUGCUGAAUUCAUUAGUGAUAUUAAUGCCCAAAUAAACGACAUUGAUCUUUCAUUACGACGAUCGCGUGAUGAGCGUGAUGGAUCACCACUUGUCGGCUUGGUAAACACUAAAGAAGACGAAGUAGCCCAAAUAGCAACCAAGUACACAGCAAGUGAAAUCGCGUAUUUCCGUCAAAUGCUCGAGCUAAUUGUGAUGGCAGACGACGAAAAAAACGCUGUGGGCUCCAUGGCUGCUUUGAGACUGGGCCAAUCCAUGAAACCGCCCAUGUCACAAAAGGAUACACAAACACUGAUCGACCGCUUGGUUGAAGACGGCUGGAUCUGUCUCACACCCGACGGUUCUUCCUAUACUGUUGAUACACGCGGCAUCUUAGAACUUCAAAAUUAUUUACGCGAGCAAUACGGCGAUGUGAUCCAGGAGUGCGCGGUCUGUAUGGGAGUCAUUACUAUGGGCGAACGCUGUGAACUGCAAAGCUGUAACGUUCGCAUCCACCGACAUUGUGCAGACACAUACUUCAGAGGUGGCCAAAUGUCUUGUCCUACAUGUGAAACAGGAUGGUCAAGAGCCAAUACGUAUGGACUCGGCUUGCCACUGUAAAAAGCACGACAAACACGCAAAAACACUCACCCACACAUUCACUCUAUAACCAACUCACAUACAAUGCAUGUACAAUCGCUUCGCUGCAUCUUUCUUAUUUUCUUUGUUAUUCAUGUUAUCAUUAAAAGGUGGAAAAAAGCGACAAGAGAAUAA